UUUUUUCUUGAAAACCCAGACAAGUGACUGCUUUUCCAGGGAAAAAGGAACUUCGAUUCCCUUCUCGCUGUCCUUUUUUCGAGACUGACAACCUCCACCCACUCCUUUCCCGACCCCGCCUCCACCCGCAGGUUCCUCCCAGUCACCUUUCCUCACCGCCUCCCCCCCCCCCCCCAGCACCUAGCCAGCCGCCCGCAAACUUCCACCUGGCUGUGCGGGCGCUCGGGACCUGCGAGCACUAGGACUUUUAACACUCGCCCGGGCCGCAGGGAGCGGAGGAGGGCCACAGCGAAGGCGGGGGCUGCAGCCACCCGCCAGGGAGCCCAGGUGCUAGGCUUCUCAAAGGGCCACAGCAACGAUGACAGCUGACAAGGAGAAGAAAAGGAGUAGCUUGGAGAGGAGGAAGGAGAAGUCCCGAGAUGCUGCAAGGUGCCGGCGGAGCAAGGAGACAGAGGUGUUCUAUGAGCUGGCCCACGAGCUGCCCCUGCCCCACAGCGUGAGCUCUCAUCUGGACAAGGCCUCCAUCAUGCGGCUGGCUAUCAGCUUCCUGCGCACACAGAAGCUCCUGUCCUCAGUUUGCUCCGAAAAUGAGUCUGAAGUGGAAGCUGACCAACAGAUGGAUAACUUGUACCUGAAAGCCUUGGAGGGGUUCAUUGCUGUGGUAACCCAGGAUGGCGACAUGAUCUUCCUGUCAGAAAACAUCAGCAAGUUCAUGGGACUCACACAGGUGGAGCUCACAGGACACAGUAUCUUUGACUUCACGCAUCCCUGUGACCAUGAGGAGAUCCGUGAAAACCUCAGUCUCAAAAAUGGCUCUGGUUUUGGGAAGAAAAGCAAAGACAUGUCCACAGAGCGGGACUUCUUCAUGAGGAUGAAGUGCACGGUCACCAACAGAGGCCGAACUGUCAACCUCAAGUCAGCCACCUGGAAGGUCUUGCACUGCACCGGCCAGGUGAAAGUCUAUGACAACUGCCCUCCUCACAGCAACCUCUGCAGCUACAAGGAGCCUCUGCUCUCCUGCCUCAUCAUCAUGUGUGAACCCAUCCAGCAUCCGUCCCACAUGGACAUCCCCCUGGACAGCAAGACCUUCCUGAGCCGCCACAGCAUGGACAUGAAGUUCACCUACUGUGACGACAGAAUCACAGAACUGAUUGGUUACCAUCCUGAGGAGCUUCUCGGCCGCUCAGCCUAUGAAUUCUACCAUGCACUGGACUCAGAACACAUGACCAAAAGUCACCAGAACUUGUGCACCAAGGGCCAGGUGGUAAGCGGCCAAUACCGCAUGCUUGCCAAGCACGGGGGCUACGUGUGGCUAGAGACCCAGGGGACAGUCAUCUACAACCCUCGCAACCUGCAGCCACAGUGCGUCAUGUGCGUUAACUACGUCCUGAGUGAGAUUGAGAAGAACGACGUGGUAUUCUCCAUGGACCAGACGGAAUCCCUGUUCAAGCCCCACCUGAUGGCCAUGAAUAGCAUCUUCGACAGCGGUGGGGAGGUGGCUAUAUCUGAGAAGAGUAACUUCCUGUUCACGAAGCUGAAAGAGGAGCCUGAGGAGCUGGCCCAGCUGGCCCCCACCCCAGGAGAUGCCAUCAUUUCUCUGGAUUUCGGAUGUCAGAACUUUGAGGAGUCCUCAGCCUAUGGCAAGGCCAUCCUGCCCCCAAGCCAGCCAUGGGGAGCAGAGAUGAGGAGCCACAGCACCCAGAAGGAGGCUGGGGGCCUGCCUGCCUUCACUGUGCCCCAGGCGGCCACCCCAGGCAGCACCACCCCCAGUGCCACCAGCAACAGCAGCUGCUCCACGCCCAGCAGCCCUGGAGAUUACUACACAUCUCUGAACGAUGACCUGAAGAUUGAAGUGAUUGAAAAGCUCUUCGCCAUGGAUACAGAGGCCAAGGACCAGUGUAGCACCCAGACGGACUUCAAUGAGCUAGACUUGGAGACACUGGCGCCCUACAUCCCCAUGGAUGGGGAGGACUUCCAGCUGAGCCCCAUCUGCCCAGAGGAACAGCUCUUGCCGGACAGCACACAGCCCACCCCCCAGCACUGCUUCAGUACCAUGACAAACAUCUUCCAACCACUGGCCCCCAGGGCCUCACACAGUCCCUUCCUCCUGGACAAGUAUCAGCAGCAGCUGGGAAGCAAGAAGACAGAGCCUGAGCACCGGCCUAUGUCCUCCAUCUUCUUUGAUGCAGGAGGCAAGGCGUCCCUGCCACCGCCCCCAUGCUGUGGCCAAGCCAGCACCCCUCUCUCUUCCAUGGGGGGCAGAUCCAACACACAGUGGCCUCCGGAUCCACCAUUACAUUUUGGGCCCACAAAGUGGCCCAUUGGGGAUCAGCGCACAGAGUCCUUGGGAGCACCGCCAUUGGGGCCACCUGUCGCCGUGUCCCAUGUCUCGAUGUUCAAGACGAGGUCUGCAAAGGGCUAUGGGUCUCGGGGCCCAGACGUGAUGAGCCCAGCCAUGGUAGCCCUCUCCAACAAGCUGAAGCUGAAGCGACAGCUGGAGUAUGAGGAGCAAGCCUUCCAGGACAUGAGCGGGGGGGAUCCACCAGGUAGCCGCGCUUCACAUCUGAUGUGGAAACGGAUGAAGAACUUCAGGGGCGGGAGCUGCCCUUUGAUGCCUGACAAGACACUGAAUGCAAACGUCCCCAAUGAUGAGUUUACCCAAAAUCCCAUGCAUGGCUUGGGCCAGACUCUAAGACACCUGCCACCGCCACAGCCGCCGUCUACCAUGACUCCCAGCGAGACUGCCAAGAGUGGGUUCCCCUUGCAGUGCUGUGCCGCCUACCAGGACUAUGGCCUGCCUUCAGCUCACAAGGCAUCAGGUAUAGCAAGCCGGCUGCUCGGGCCCUCAUUUGAACCCUACCUGCUGCCUGAACUGACCAGAUAUGACUGUGAGGUGAACGUGCCCGUGCCAGGAAGCUCCACGCUCCUGCAAGGUGGGGACCUCCUCAGAGCCCUGGACCAGGCCACCUGAGCCAGGCCCUCCUGCCCGGCAGCACCCUGCCGAUGCCGUCCCACCAGCUUCACCUCUCCGGCUGUAUUUGCAACUAGGUAUUUCUACCGCCAGCACACUUUUUACAGGAUGGACUUAACCUGGCAGACUUGCCGAGGUCACCAAGCAGUGGCCUUUUUUCUGAGAUGCUCACUUUAUCUAUAUUUUUAAAAUACACAAUUGUUUUACCUGCUCUGUCAAUGAAAAUGUUCUUAAAUUUUAUAAGAUUUUUUCUCCCUCUCUUCAAUUACUUCUAAUUUAUAUUAUCCAUAGGUUCCCUCUCUCUUUCUCCUCUCCCCCUGCCCCAUCUCCCACCCUUCUCCCCACACAAAAAAUUCAUACUAACAAGUUUGGUGUAUGUUUGUUCUCCUGCAGGAAAAGCUUUGGCUUCGUUUAAUCAAAAAGAUUCUUUGUUGUUGUUGCCAAAGAGAAACAAAAUGAUUUUGCUUUCCAAACUUGAUUUGUGGCUUUUCCCUCUCAAAGCCCUUCUCCUUCCUUUUUUAAGAGAAAUCACCAUUUUUUUUUUUUUUUUUUUUAAGCUGACUCUUUGCUCUAAUUUUGAUAUGACUUCUGGAGAAAAAGAAAUGUGAAGGGUAAACUCCAACGUCUGUGGUUAUCUGUGAAAGUUGCACAGCGUGGCAUUUCCUAAACUGUUUGGUGUUUCUUCCCAUUUGGUGGAUUUUUUAUUAUUAUUAUUCAAAAACAUAGCUGAGUUUUUUAAGAAGAAAAUUUAUAUCUGGGUUAAGUGUUUAUCGUAUAUAUGGGUACUUUGUAAUAUCUAGAAACGGAAAUGGAAUCUUGCUCACAAAAUCACUUUACUAUCUUAAGCUAUUGAUUUUAUUUUUCUUGGUGGUUGCUGACACUGCAGAAUUGUACAGUCCUCCCGAGGGCCUGUACUAACACUGCUAAAGGUCUGUGUCUCUCCUGGCUUUUUGCUUCUGUGAUAUGCCACGGUGUGGCAAACAAUCCAAGAUGUGGAAUCAUUAAGUGGGAGCAUUGCGUGCUAUGGCCUCGUGUUCUCUAUGUACCAUAUAUGUAUGUAUUAUUAUUAUUGCUGCCGGAGGGUCUGAUGGCACGGCGUAGGGGUGGGGGUGGGGAGAAUACGGAGGGAGGGGAAGUGCUCUAACUUUUCUUAAGGUUUUGUUGCUAGCCCUUCAAGUGCACUGAGCUAUGUGACUCUAAUGGUCUUUCAUGCAGCACAUUUGAAUAUUUCCUGAACUACCAUGAAAUGGUUUAGAUAGGAAGGCAAGCGAGGAUUCAGCCAUGGUGUAGUAACCCUGUCUACGUCCUCUCAGCUCAUGACCUCAGAGCAUGUGGAGCUGGACUGAGGAAGGGCCCAUGAAGAGGGGACAGCUGGGCCAGACCAUCCCUAGCCCAGCAGCCAAAUGGCCCUGCAAGCCAAGGUGCAGCGCCCCCUGCUGGCGAGUGGCAGGCAGAUUCCGCCCCCCCCCUCCGCCCCCCAGCCUCAGGGUCACAGGAGGUGUGAUACUACAGGUAGAAAGCACUGACAACAGAGUGUUCCCAGAGCACUCUGGAACUCACUGGGUAAAGAGGGACAACACCUUUGGUUUUUAAAUACCAAUGAUGUGGAACUUUUCUGUCGUGGGCACAACAAAGCUUUUAAACACACACAGCACAUCAGGCUAAGAAUUUGGUAAGCCCGAUAGAUUUUAUUGCCAAAAAAACAAAAAUUGACUUUCAAAAGAAACAAGUUAUAUGAGAAAAAUUACUUAGUCACGAUGCUGCCUAAAUCAUAUUUUAGCGUUGCCCAAUGCAGGGCAGCAGCAGGACUUGCAGGGUUACUGACAUGUAAACGCUAGUAUUUGAUUCCCUGUGUGUGUUGCCCAGGCAUGAAGGGCAUUUUACCCUUGCAGUUUUACUAAAAUACUCUGAAAAAUAUUCCAGGCUUCAUAUUAACCUUACCUGUCAAUGUAAUGAUUUCAUGAACAUUAUUAUAUUGUUGAAUUCCUACUGACAACAUUAUAACUAUAUGGGAGCUUAACUUUAUAAGGAAAUGUAUUUUGACACUGAUAUCUUAUUAAAGUAUUCUGAUCCUA